AUGGAGGAAUGGCCCGAAGCACCCAUGGCCCGAUGGUUAAAUGGCGAGGCGGAGUGGGCGGAACGCCCGCCGAGCAGCGCGAGAAAAACCCCGGAGAAUGGUACUUGGCGAUCAGCUAGCACGCUCGGCUGGCACGAAAGCUCCCGAGCCCGGGAACCCAGGCGAUCAGAGAGCGCCUUAGAAGGCAAUUCGGGCCUAACUUGGUUACAACGACAGCAACAGAAACUUCGAGAACGAAAAGAAGCAAGGGAAAGAGUCGCGCGGCUGCCUCUCGAGUGGGACACGGCGACGCGACAUGUGCGGCGAUCGGCCAGCCAUCGGGUGGACGGCUACACUAGCGACACAACCGCUUUUGCCGACGACGACGAUGACUUCAGCGUGCCUCUACAUGUUAACACGGCACGAACUCCCCUCAGGACUGAUAGUAUUAGUCCUCAAGCUCCAGACAGAACCUCAUCUAGGAAAUUCAUGUAUGAAAAGAUGACGAUGCGCGAGUGGAGUACCAAUACGACACCUACGAGUACUCCCGUGCCAGGUUUAUUGUCACUUGCGGAACCCAUCAACAAUGGCGAUAGUGUAGUUCGCGAGAGGUCCGAGAGCUGGUCGCGCUCGGAGUCGCGCGCGGGCACGCCGGCGUUCCCCACGCACCCUCGCACGCCCUACCCGCCCACGCCCACGCCCACGCCCUCGCUCAGCGCCCGCCCGCCGCGCUCGCCGCCAGUCACCAGGAAAGAGCGCGAAGGCAGCCCCGAGUCGGAGUACCGCACGUACAACGGCAGCUGCGGCUCGCGGCGCUCCAGCCUGGGCGGCAGCGCGGAACCACAGCACGUGGCGCCCGAGCGCGUGCGCUUCGCCCGCGACACCAGCCACUACUGGUACAAGCCCAACAUCUCCAGGGACGACGCUGUAGCAGCGCUGCAGCCGCUAGAAGAGGGUUCCUUCAUCGUGCGCGACUCGAACUCGUUCCCGGGCGGGUUCGGGCUAGCAGUACGAGCUGGCGGUGGCGUGCGCCACUUCUUGGUAGAGCCGACGGCGCGCGGCGUGCGCCUACGAGGCUGCCCCGACGAGCCUGUCUUCGGAUCAUUGUCGGCGCUGGUCUACCAGCACACGGUUACGCCGCUUGCGCUACCGGUCCCGCUGCGGCUGCCUGACAGGUAAGCUGACAAAAUGUCU